AUGUCGGACCUGGGAAAUCCCACCCCAGCUUGGCUGAACACUGGUGACAACGCGUGGCAGCUCACUGCUGCUUCCCUCGUCGCCCUACAGAGUAUACCUGGUCUCUGUGUUCUGUAUGCAGGACUGGUGCACAGAAGAUGGGUCAUCAACAGCAUGAUGAUGGUCUUCUACGCCUUUGCAAUGACGCUCAUUGUUUGGGUCCUUGUGGGCUACAAAGUCGCGUUCGGCGAAUACAUGCUCCCCUUUGCAGGCAUCCCAAACACCGUACUGCGCAUGAGCGACGAGCUGAUCCAGUCAACGCUUCCUUCCGCCGGCGUGAGUCAAAACUUCCCGCAAUCAACGAUGGUCUACUUCCAGUUCGUCUUUGCAGCGAUCACUCUCGCCCUGAUCGCUGGUGCCUAUCUCGCGCGCAUGAACUUCACAGCCUGGAUGAUAUUCGUGCCACUCUGGUUGAUCUUUGCGUACUGCCCCGGCGCAUACAGCAUCUGGGGCGGUGGCUGGGCUACAAAACUCGGCGUCCUUGAUUAUUCCGGUGGUUACGUUAUCCACUUGUCCUCCGGCACGGCCGCUUUCGUUGGUUCCUAUUGGAUCGGACCGCGCCUGAAGAAAGACAGAGAGAAUUUCACUCCCAAUAACAUCCCACUCAUGAUGGUCGGAGCCGGCAUCCUCUGGGUUGGCUGGAAUGGCUUCAAUGGCGGCGAUCCGUACUCUGCUUCCCCUGAUGCCGGCGCUGCUGUUCUCAACACCAACAUCUGCUCUGCUAUGUCCAUGCUCACGUGGACAUGCAUGGACAUCAUCUUCUUCGGCAAGCCCUCCAUCAUUGGCUCCGUGAACGGCAUGAUCACUGGUCUGGUCGGCAUCACACCCGCCGCUGGGUUCGUCGCUGGUUGGGGCGCCAUCAUCAUCGGGUUUUGUACUGGCACCGUCCCCUGGGUCAGCAUGAACAUAGUCGCGACGCGCUCCUUUAUCUUCAAGCGCCACGUCGACGACACUCUGGGCAUCACGCACACACACUUUGUUGCGGGUCUCAUUGGUGGCUUCCUGACAGGACUCUUUGCCACCGUCGACGGCGUGGCCGGCUUCGGCGACACGAACCCUGGUGGCGCCAUCGACGGCAACGGCAAGCAAGUCUGGCUGCAGAUAGUCGGCGCUCUCUUCAUCAUCGGCUGGGAUGCCGUUUGGACCUCACUCAUCAUGCUCUUUAUCAAGUACGUGUGCCGCGUGCCGCUGCGCAUGAGCGAAGAGGACAUGUUGCUGGGUGACGACGCCAUUCACGGCGAGGGUGCGUACUGCUUCUUUGAUGACAUGAUGGGCCCCACGCCCGAGAACGAUGGCGCUGUGCUUGAAGGGUUGAAGGUUGAGCAUGAUCUGGAGGUUGGUAUCGGUGGGCCUACAAGAUCUGAGCAAACCAAGAAGGAUUAG